CGGCGGGCGCUGGAUGAUUACGGUGACGCGCGAAUGGCUGACUCAAGGCGAGGCGGAGCGUUUUGGAACGAUCCAGCUACCUUUGAUAUGUAUGCCACCACACAUCAGCGGACGUAUGCGCCGCCCAAGGAGGUGCCUGUGGCCGUGCCGUCUGUCCUCGAGCACCCGUCGCACAACAAGGCGCCGCUUUCGGACAGGCUCAAUUACGCGCUUGACAAGGAUGCCCUUGCCCUGCCGCAUUUUGAUGCCGCGGUGAAGAGCGCCGAGGAGCGGCUGGCGCAGGCGCGCGCCACUCGGGAGGAGGCGGAGCAAGAGGGCGAGACCAAGGCUGCCGAGAUCGACGCUGCCACCCGCAAGGCCGCAAACCGCCCGCUGCAGACCAUGGAUCCCGCGACGCUGCCGUUUGGAUCGCUUGUGCCACUCUCCGAGACCCAUGCGGCGUACGGCGUUCCGCCCGAGUCAGCCUUCCCGCACGCCGCCGAGCACGCUAUCACGCUCAUGCGCGACAACCCUGACGCUGCCCGUGGCAUGAACCGCGACGAGGCCGACCACCUUCGGGCGGCGGCAGCGUCGCGCAGCUCAUCACGCCCACCAUCAGCCAGUGAUUCCGAUCCGGCUACAGCGCGCCUCCCGUCGUCGUUCCGCCCGGUCCCGCACACCGGCAUGGUGACAACGUACCAGGCCACUCACGUGCCGCAACCCGACCCGGACGCUGGCUUUGACCUGCCACCGUCCGAGGUGGUAGCGUGCGCUAAUGCUGACCGAACCCGGAUCCCGCCGAGCUACGGGCCGGCAAACAUGUGGGAGACUACCACUGGAGCGACUUACGGCGCGCACGCGAGCGUCGAGCGUCCCACUACAGUGCCGGCCUCAGCCAUCGCCGGCUCGGGCUCGCGCCACCGAGCGCUCCGCAACGAGGUCACCGAGUACCACUAUGCAUACGAUCGGCGCGAGGACAAUGAGCCGCGCGAACACCACAAGUGGUUGUAGCCGCUCGCAAGGCGGGACUAA